GCACCGACAUGGCUGCUGUUUGAUGAAGCGGAAGCUGCGGUCUGAACUGAGAGCACAGACACAAAGAUCAGAGAUUCAGAGAGGAUGGUCCAGAAGGAGGAGAUCAGCCGUCAGCGCAGACUGCUGGAUAUCAGCCGGAAACCCGACACAAACUCACACAUCACAGACCUCCCACAACAGCAUGACUAUGAGGAAGAGGAGGGUUUGGAUGAGCAGCAGGUCUGUAACCAGGAGAGGAAGUCCAGUCUGGACCAGGAGGAAGAAAGCCAGCAUGUGGAAUCAGGAUCAACUAGAAAUGCAGAGCUGAAGAAGAGGAGACCUCACAGAAAGAGAAGUCACAGUCAGAGAAUAGACAACACUUCUGUGUCAGAGAGUCACAGUCAGACAGACACAAGGAAAAAGUCUCUACAGUGUGAGACAUGUGGGAAAACUUUUAAAUAUAAAUCUAACUUUACUAAACAUCUGAGAAUUCACACAGACUUCCCACGCAAACAUGACUGUGAGGAAGAGGAGGGUCUGGAUGAGCAGCAGGUUUGUAAACAGGAGAGGAACUCCAGUCUGGAUCAGGAGGACCCAGAGCCUCCACAGAUUAAAGAGGAGCAGGAGGAAGUCUGCAGCAGUCAGGAGGGAGAGCAGCUUGGACUGAAGCGGGAAGCUGAAGGCAUUAUUGUCUGGACUGGGGAAGAGCGGCUCAGACUGCUGCAGACCAUCUGGAAACCUGAGAUAAAGUUACACAGAAUAGACGUCCACCAGCAACAUGCCUGUAAGGAGGAGCAGGUAUUCAAAGAGGAGCAGAUGUCUAACCAGGAGAGGAAUUCCAGUCUGGACCACGAGGACGCAGAGGUUCUACAGAUUAAAGAGGAACAGGAUGACCUAGAACCUCUACAGAUUAAAGAGGAACAGGAAGAACUCUACUGCAGUCAGGAGGGAGAGCAGCUUGGACUGAAGGAGGAGUCUGAUCCCUUCAUGGUGACUCAUACUUAUGAGGAAAGUGAACACAGUGAGCACCUCCUUUCUCACAGCUCUCCUGAAACAGAGAGCCAAGAUGAAGAAGAAAGCCAGGAUGUGGACACAGGAUCAACUAGAAAUGCAGAGCUGAAGAAGAGGAGACAUCACAGAAAGAGAAGUACAAGCCCAGGAGAAGACAACGCUCCUGUGUCAGAGAGUCAAACUGACACAAGGAAAAAGUCUAUACAAUGCAACACCUGUGGAAAAACCUUUCACAAAAAAUACCAUCUGACUACUCAUCUGAGAAUUCACACAGGGGAGAAACCGUAUUCAUGUAGCACCUGCGGGAAAGAAUUCAGUCUGAGCUCAACACUGAAAAUUCAUAUAAGACUUCACACUGGUGAGAAGCCAUAUCCUUGUAGCACUUGUGGAAAAAGAUUCAUUCAGAAAUCAGAUUUGGAGCGUCAUAUAAGAAUUCACACAGGUGAGAAACCAUAUGCUUGUAGCACCUGUGGGAAAGAAUUCAAUCUGAAUUCAACACUGAAAACUCAUAUAAGACUUCACACUGGUGAGAAACCGUAUUCUUGUAGCACUUGUGGAAAACAAUUUGGUGAGAAAUCAACAUUGAAAGCUCAUAUAAGAAUUCACACAGGUGAGAAGCCACAAUGUUGCACCAUCUGUGGGAAAAGAUUUUCUGGCUUAUCAGGAGUCAUUAAACACAUGAGAUUUCACACAGGUGAGAAGCCUUAUCCUUGUAGCACCUGUGGGAAAAGAUUUAGUCAGAAAUCAGAUUUGGACCGUCAUAUAAGAAUUCACACAGGCGAUAAGCCGCAUUCUUGUACUACCUGUGGGAAAAUAUUCAUUCAGCGGACCAGCUUAAAAAAGCACAUGAGAGUUCAUACCAAUUAAACGUUUCAGAAUGACAAAAUGUGGGACAGCUGUGAGUUGUAGCAGUGUGUUGGUGGUAGAGCUUACACUGAGCAGAAGUCAAAUCACUGCAACACCUGAGUGAAAAUAUGACCCAUAUUCAAGUCAGUAUUUUCUGUGCAGAGCAGUAAAGAACUCUUAGCAUUAUUUAUUCAGUUUAUUACCUUAUUCUUAGAAUUGUAUCAGGGAAACUCUGGUGUUACAUUUCAUGAAGGUUACAGUUCAGUAUGCUCCUGUUCUGUUGGUUCAUUGUUUAGUUCUGUUGUUUAUUAGUGUAUAUGUGUUGUUAAAGUUUGAAUAAAUAUUACAGUUGAACUUCCUUUACA